CCCAGGUCCGGGCCGCCUGCCAGCCCCAGCAGCCCCACAUAUUAACAAGUCCCCAGAGAUGAGGACAACAUGGACCAAGUGGCUAAUGAUGAGCUUUGGGCAUUGAGCUCUAAGGAACUUGUAUCAGAAUGUCCAGCCUGAGUCUGUCUUCCUGCCCGUCCUGAGGAGGGACUCUGAGACUUCAUCACACACCAGGCAGGAGAGAGGCAGUGAGUCUGUGAUUCUUGGUCAUGUUCCAGCAGAGAUGCAGCCAACCCACAGUUCAGUUCAUUAUGGGAUCAUGAUGAGGAUGAGAACACACAUGAUGAGGAUGACAUGAACCAUACCAUCCUGUCCUGUUAUUGAAGCCCUCUUUUCUUUCUCCAGAGUGUCUAAGCUACAUAGAACUGGAAAUCUAACCAGUGUCUCAGAAUUCUUUCUCCUGGGCCUCUCAGAUGAUCCAGAACUGCAGCCUUUGCUCUGUGUCCUGUUUCUGUCCAUGUACCUGGUCACCAUGCUGGGGAAUCUACUCAUCGUUCUGGCCGUCACCUCUGACCCCCACCUCCACACCCCCAUGUACUUCUUCCUCACCAACCUGUCUUUGGCUGACAUCAGUUUCAUCUCCACCACUGUUCCCAAGAUGAUUGUGGACAUCCAAACUCACAGCAGAGUCAUCUCCUAUGAAGGCUGCCUGACACAGAUGUCUCUUUUUAUCCUUUUUGGGUGUAUGGAUAGUAUGCUUCUGUCUGUGAUGGCUUAUGACAGGUUUGUGGCCAUUUGUCACCCACUGCACUAUACAAUCAUCAUGAACCCACGCACCUGUUGCAUCUUCAUUUUGUUGUCUUUUUUUGUUAGCCUUUUGGACUCCCAGAUGCAUAAUGUGACUGUGUUACAACUUACCUGCUUCAAGGAUGUAGAAAUUUCUAGUUUCUUCUGUGACCCUUCUCAGCUGCUCAACCUUGGCUGUUCUGAUACUUUUAUGAAUAAUAUAGUCAGCUAUAUUAUCGUUGCCAUCUCUGGUUUUCUCCCUACCUCAGGAAUCUUUUUCUCUUACUAUAAAAUUCUUGUCUCCAUUCUGAAAGUCCCCUCAUCAAGUGGGAUGUAUAAGGCCUUUGCCACCUGUGGCUCUCACCUGACAGUGGUUUGCUUGUUUUAUGGAACAGCCCUGGGUGUGUAUCUCAGCUCAGCCAUCUCUCUUUCUCCAAGGAAGGAUGUAGCAGCCUCAGUGGUGUACACCGUGGUCACUCCCAUGCUAAACCCCUUCAUCUAUAGUCUUAGGAACAAAGACAUCAAAAAGGCCAUGUGGAGGUUCCUCAGCAGAACAAUCUCAGCUUAGGACCUGGCCACCCAUUUGAGUGUAGGCUAGAAAAUGUAGCAAAACAAAACCUGGAGAUGUAAAAUUCUACCCUUCUCAUGUCAUCAGUUUUGCAACUCUUAUGACCUUCAUGUCUUUCUUUGCUUUCCACCUGAAUAUUGUUUCUGUUUCUGGUUUAACAUGACGAUGGGAGAUCGAGGAUCCUUUGCGUGUCAUAAUCACUUCUUACCUGAAUUUCUUUAUAUCUAUGGAGAUUCUAUAAUUUAUCUUUGGUGGCACAAACAUCCUCGGAGAAUGAAUACUUCCCUUUCAAAAUAUUGAAAAUUCAUGAGUUUUGCACAGCUGUUAUAUCAUUUCCAUAGUAAAUUCUGUAUCUAUGUUUUAAAUCUGCACAUGCAGUUAUGGGUGAGGAGGUAUGUCACUGCUUCUCAACCUAGGCUUUUAUUGAAAAUAUCUAGGAAGAUUAAAGAUACUGACCUUGUGUUGCACCACCAGACACUCUAACUGUACUUGGUUAUGGCCUAAAUAUGAGGAUUUUUUAAAGCACUCAGGUGGUUCUAGUGUGUGGCCAAGAUUGAGACUACUGAUAUAAGUUAGAAUUUUCCUCAAAAGUGACCUUUAUACUUUGGGUCCUAACUGCUCAUGGGCAAAUGCUGAAGAUCCAGAAGAGAUCAGAGGUCAAAGGGUGGAAGAUAUGAAGAUUCUGCUGUAGUAACAAGCAAUGCAUUUCCCCCAUUAUUUCCAAUAAUCUUCACAUAGUGUAUCUACAUAUAUGCAUGGACCUUGCUCUGGGGUGGGAUGCUCAGAAUCACUGUUCUAUGUUGCAUCUUGGGUUGAUCUUACAUACUUUCAACAUGAUCUGUAAACAUCUCUUUGCCCUAAAUGUUCAGGUGAUCCCUUUAAACCCCUCAAACCCUUGGUGGAGUAGCUUCUUCCUUCACUUAUGAUGGCUAUGUUACUUCUUUUUCUUUCUUUUUUUACCUUUCAGCCCUUCAAUCACUAUUUAACUAACUCUCUGUUUUAAAGCUUUUCAUUAAAAUGAUUAACUGCAUUAUUCCUGGUUGACUGCC